UUGAGUGCAGUGUGCAGCGACUGCGCUCGUGCGUGAUUGGACUCUAGCGACAGCGCGCGACACAGACGGGACGCCUCGAGCGUGCCAGCCCGCGCGCGCUCUGCCAGUCGAGACACCAGCAAUUAGUCCGCGCCAAUUAGUCCCGUGAGUCCGCAGACAGAGCCCGUUCUCUCUCCCGGGAUGUGCGAGUAACCCGCCAGGCUCACGCGCAGCACCCGGAGGUGCCCCCGGUGACGCCCCCCGGUGACCAUGGACCGGAUCGGGGUCUCAUUCCUGGACCCGUUGGACGACUACGAGCUGAUCCAGCGGAUCGGCUGCGGUACCUACGGGGACGUGUUCAAGGCUCGGUACAUCAGGACAUCUGAACUGACGGCGAUCAAGAUCGUCAAGCUCGACCCUGGUGAUGACAUCACGUCCAUCCAGCAGGAGAUCACCAUGAUGAAGGAGUGCAAGCACAAAAACAUUGUGUCCUACUUCGGCAGCUACCACAGGAACACCAAGUUGUGGAUCUGCAUGGAGUACUGCGGUGGAGGGUCACUUCAGGACAUUUACCACGUGACCGGCCCGUUGAAGGAGAAGCAGAUCGCCUUCGUGUGCAGAGAAACCCUCCAGGGUUUGUAUCACCUGCACGAAACGGGCAAAAUGCACCGAGACAUAAAGGGAGCCAACAUCCUGCUGACGGAGAGGGGAGACGUGAAACUAGCUGACUUUGGAGUGGCAGCAGAGAUCAGCGCCUCCGUCGCCAAGAGGAAGUCUUUCAUCGGAACCCCCUACUGGAUGGCUCCCGAGGUGGCUGCCGUCGAGAAGAAAGGCGGCUACAACCACCUGUGUGACAUCUGGGCCGUCGGCAUCACCGCCAUCGAGCUGGCGGAGCUCCAGCCGCCCAUGUUUGACCUCCACCCGAUGAGAGCGCUGAUGUUGAUGUCCAAGAGCAACUUCCAGCCUCCAAGACUAAAGGACAAAACCAAAUGGUCAGCAGGUUUCCAAAGCUUUGUGAAGACGUCUCUCAUUAAAAGCCCUCGUAAGCGGCCCUCAGCGGAGACGCUGCUGCAGCAUCCGUUCGUGACGCAGCUUCUGACCCGCAACCUGGUCAUCGAGCUGCUGGACAUGGCCAACAACCCUGAGCUCCACACCGGCCACAGCAUGGACGACACCGAGCUGGAGGUUGGGGAAGUGGCUCCUGACAAGAUUCAGUCAGCAGGGAAACACCUGCUGCCUGUGGAGAGGACCCUGUCUGAAGAACAAUUCGACCAGGUGAAGUUUGGGCCGCCGCUGAGGAAGGUCACGGAGCCCUAUCCUGAUCUGCAGGGCUCCUAUGAUGACGACUGGAGUCUGUCUGGAGAGGAAGACAACUCACCGAGCCUGUUGGAAUGUGUGGAGCAAGCUCUGCAGCUGAGGAGUUUAACCAUGAGAAGGGCGCCCUCUCCUGAUGGGGCCAGGAGGAGUGGAGUAUUCAGCCCGUCCACCGCGUCGCUGCCGGCCUUCAGCUGCUUGACCCCCAACACAGAGGACAGGGACCCCACGCUGAGACCCAGCUGCACCCUGGGCCCCGACGCCGCCGUGCCCUCUGACCCCAACUCCACAGCAGGUACCACAGUGCUGGCCAGGUGCUCGGCCACGCAGGACAUCAGCCAGCGCGGCGGCCUGCAGGCGGCGGACACCGCGGCAACGGAGAAGAGGAAGGGCGCCACCGUCUGCUCCCCGAAGAGAGAGACGCCGCUUUCGCCCGAAUGGAGCACGCUGAGGAAGAAGGGCGAGGACGCUAGGGCGGAUUGUCAUGGACUUCCUCCGACCCCUCAAGUCCAUAUGGGAGCCUGCUUCUCCAAAGUCUUCAACGGCUGUCCCCUUCAGGUCCACUGUGCCGUCACAUGGGUCCUACCCAAGACCAGAGAUCAGUACCUUAUCCUGGGGGCGGAGGAGGGCAUCUACACCCUGAACCUGAAUGAACUUCACGAGGACACGCUGGAGAAGCUGCUGCCUCAGCGGUGCACGUGGCUGUACGUGAUGAACAACGUGCUGAUGUCCGUCUCAGGGAAGUCCUCCCAGCUGUACGGCCACAGCCUGGCCGCCCUGUUUGAGCAGAGAGGACACCUGCACAGGAAGCACGGCAGCCUGUCGCUCGGCACCAGCCGCUUCACCGAGCGGAUCGGCUCCAGACACAGAAAGUUUGCCACGUCUGUGAAGAUCCCCGACACGAAAGGCUGCAGGAGAUGUAGUUUAGCACGAAACCCGUACACAGACAGCACAUUUCUCUGUGGGGCGGUUCCGUCCGGCCUGGUUCUUCUUCUGUGGUAUGAGCCUCUGCAGAAGUUCAUGCACCUAAAGCACAUCGCCCUGAGGCUGCCGGACUCUCUGCCCAUAUUCGAGCUGCUGGUGCUGGUGUCGGACGAGUUCCCUCAGCUGUGCGUCGGGGUGAGGGACCUCAGCAACGGGAAGCAGCCAAUCAGCGAACAGCUGCAGUUUGAUAUCAUAGAGCUGAACAGCUCGCCGACCUCAGCACCAGACAGCGGGGCGCUGGGGGCGGUGCAGGUGACCCAGAUGGACCGGGACACCGUGCUCAUCGCGUUGGAACAAACGGUGAAGAUCGUGAACCUGCGAGGGCUUCCGUCCACAGAGCUGGCCGCAGAGAUGGCGUUCGGCUUCCCCAUCGAGGCUCUAGUCUGCUUACAGGACAGCGUGCUGGCGUUCUGGAAGCACGGCCUCAAGGGGAGGAGUUUCCAGUCCAACGAGGUGACGCAAGAAAUUACAGAUCCGAGUCGAGCGUUCCGAGUCUUGGGAACCAACCGGGACAUCGUCCUCCAGAGCACGCCGACCGCCGAGCCCGCGGCCCCCAGCAACCUGUACCUCCUGACCGGGCACGAGAGCAGCUACUGAGGGAGCAGGCCUCUCCCGUUGUGGCGGAACGCCCCGAGCUGCAGCCGACCGGCCGAGGAGAGACUCGUCUCCAACUCUUACGUCCGAUGAUUGAAGCUGCAACAGAUUAAGAUGUUCAUGUCAAAGCAAAAGUCUCCCAGCUUAAAUCCCAGUGGACUGCUGCAGGGAGCCCAGUUCCACUCAUGGAGGUCUGCUGCAGCCCGACGGGAGAAGAGAAGUGCUCAUAGUAUCUGCUGUUCACCGCUCACUGCUGCCUGUCACUGGAACCAGGACAUCUAGUCGAAUGGGAGGAACCGAGUGUGAUUGGCUGAGACUGUCUGUCCAUCAGUCACGUGAAUCCACUCAAAGAGCUCUGUGAAGGAAGUGAGAGAUAUUUGUUUUCCAUUGGUUGAACUGCAGCUUCACCACUCAACCACAGGGGGUCGCCCUAGAAGCACAUCGGUCUCCACACAAUACUGCUGCGUAGUUAACCCUUUCACUCUUUCACGUCCAUUAACCGUGACAGUCUCUGAGUGUAUCGAAGUCACAGUGACACGUGAUACAGGAGCAACGUCUGGGGCUCGUUGAAAAUGUGUCUCAUGACACGAAUGCUGCAAAGCUGUGAUCACGUAAAUCCUUCACAGCAUUGUCCCAUGGGACCUGAACGCAGCAUCGAUGUCGCCCUACGGAAAGUGAUGAGGGCCACAUGUGAAAGGUCAAUCUGAGUUUAAAGUGAGUUACCCUUCUAUCCAUUUGGUAGAGCUGUCCCAGUGUGUAGUGGGAGCUAUUAUACAGUAGACUAAAUGUAUCCCACAAUGCAUCACGAACAGUAGUCACUAACCAGGCACUAUAAAUAACAUGGAGCAUCGUCUCUGAUGAAGGAAGAAUGUGGAGAGGAAAGAAAGCAGCACAAACCUCCACAAAGCAUUCAGUUUAUUAAAUACGCAUAGGACCCCAGUAAGGAUCAACACCUGGAGGGCACACGCUUUACUUUUUACGUUCUUACCUUUCACAAUAAAAGCCCGAGACAUAUACGCUGCAUUACUGCCUACCAAGAGGCAACUCAACAGAAAACGCUGAGAAUGUUGUUUUUCUCACCAGUUCGAGGCCUGUAUUUGAUAUGGAUGGUUCACCAGCAGUUCAAUUACAUAAUCAACAGGGCAAAGAAAAUGACCCAAGUACGCAACAGCUCAGGAAUGGAGGUCAAAGGUCAAGGUAACUCUCAGCGGUCCCAUGCGUGCGAUGUCUCUGGAACGCCUGUCACAAACAUCCACCUGGACUCCAGGAUGAAAUGAUUCUAAGUUGAGGUCAAAGGUCACUGACCUCUCUGUGUCCCUCCUCCGUCUGCUUUAUUAUUAAUUCAACCUCAACUUAGGCUGAAUGCACGUUUGAUUCCUCGAGGUGCCAUAGGAACAACGCAAUUAAAAUGUACUACUUGACUAAAACCUAAAUUCCACUACAUUAGAGUUUUGUGUGUAAUGAUAUUUGUUAUUUAUGGAAAGGAAACUGUACAAGUACAACUCUCCUUUCCCUGAGAGAUACUCGAAAGACAUAAUAUGCAUAUGGCUAUUUGUUUUUUAGGUUGUUUUUAUUGUCAUUGUGUAUACAUUUGAAGUAUAUGGGGUGGCUAUAGCUCAGUGGGGUAAGGGGGUCGUCCUGCAACCCCAAGGUUGUCGGUUCGAUCCCCGCUCUCCCCAUUAGUUGCCAGUCGAAGUGUCCUUGAGCAAGGCACUGAACCCCCAGUUGCUUCCCGGGCGCAUCACUGCAGCCCACUGCUCCUUAAUAACUAAGGAUGGGUUAAAUGCAGAGAACUAAUUUCCCCUUGGGGAUUAAUAAAGUAUAUAUCUAUCAUCUUAUCCAUAUAACAUAUAUAGCAAUACAUUAUGCCUUCAUGCUAUGGAAGGGUUGUAAUAUGCUAAAUAAAGAUUUUAAUAUCCUUUCAAGCUGAAGCAGAUGUGUCAUUGUUGUUAAAGAUUCACAUGUAGCCUCAACAGAGGUUUUAUCUGUUAGAAUAAAGUCUGCUCAAACAUGUAUUUUA